UUUUGCGAUUGUAUGUGUGUCGUGAAUGAUGCUGCCACUUGCAACAAACAAUAAAACUAUCGACCUCGACUGAUUCGUUUGUUCACAGUCAAAAGUGUAGAUUUGAAUUUAGUGUUUGAAACCAUGGCCAACGUUGAACUAACGCUUGAUCAAGAGAAUCUCGUGCGAAAAGCGGCUGAAAGUGAAAGUUUUAAUGAUUUUGAUAUUUUGGCGAAUAUUGGUACUGCUAAAGGUGAUAACUAUUUGGGAGUAAUACAUUCAGUGACUGUUACGGAAAAAAAUGACGAAACAAAAGUUUUGCAUUUGAUUUGUAAAAGUGCUCAUAUAAUAGAUAAUUUUAGAGCUAUGGUGCCUAUUAUUAAAAUGUUUAAACGUGAAAGUGACUUGUAUGAAAUUGUUGGCAAACUUAGAGAAUAUCAAAAUGAAAAAGCUCUAUCGCGACCAUUCGAUGGUGUAGCAAAGUUUUAUGGCAGCUGUUUAGAAGAGAAGAGGGAAACAAUUUUGAUGAAAAAUUUAAAAAAAGAUGGGUAUAAAUUAUGGGAUAGAAUGACUCCCAUGAACGACGAGCACUUAUCGGCAGUGUUUGCAGAAUAUGCAAGAUUUCACGCCCUGUCUUUUGCAUUUAAACAUCAAAACCCUGACAGAUUUGAAGAACUUUCCAAGGAUAUAAAAACAGAUGUUUUCAUGGAUACCGAGACGGAAGAUGCGAAAGAAAAGUUUGGACACUUUGUUCAAUACUAUUUUAAAAAUGGUUUAAAUACAGUUGAGGGAAAUGCAAGAGCAACGGCCGAGUUGGAAAAACUUCGUGAAGUUAUUGGCCAAAAAUUUGAAACAUUAGGGUUAACGAAAAAAGCUGUGAUUACCCAUGGUGAUUGUUGGUGCAACAAUAUAUUAUUCAGAUAUGAAAACAACAACAAUACUCCAUCCAAAGUAUGCUUCAUCGAUUGGCAACUUUCGAAAGUUGGAUCCCCUGCUUUAGACCUGACAUACUUUUUCAGCGCAUCUGGCUCUAAAGAAACCUAUGCAAAUAUAAACAAGUAUUUGAAAACAUAUCAUGAAACAUUGUCUCAGAAUCUUCAAGAACUCGGUUGUAAUCCUGAAGGAAUCCUAAGCUUUGAUGACUUACUGGACGAAUGGAAGAACACAGCAUGGUACGGAGUGUUCAUUGGCAUGAUGAUUCUGAAAAUUAUGCUGACUGAAUCGGAUGAAGUUCCCGAUUAUGAGAAAUUGGAAUCAGACGAUAAUAUGACUGCUUUCAGUUAUGAAGUGAAACGGUCCGCAGAUUAUAAGCAGAGACUUUGCGAUUUAAUUGAAUUUAUGGCCGAUUAUGGUUAUUUAUAAAUUACACACAAAUAAUAUUGUGAUUAAUUUUCAAAUAAAAGUAUUAUUAUUAUGGUUAAGCGAUAACUGUAUUUAUUUUAUAUUAAUUAAAUAUUAUACAGUUAACUGUUAUUUUGUGGAUAAUUAAUUAUUAUUUUCUAAAAUUUAAAGGAAGUAGUAUAUUUUUAAUUUUAGAUAAAUUUUCAAACAGGUACCUACUAAACUAACAAUAGAUGGUACCCAUCUACAAUGCCACAAAUAAAAACAAACAAUGAUGCUUUUUUUAUUAUCAUGCAGACAAAAAAAUAUGUAUACAGCUGAAAAAUAUAUAAUGAUAUAUUAUUAAAUUUUAAUAAUUGACCUUUAAACCCCAAAAUUACAGAUAGUUAAUUUUUUGCAAAAUUCAUGUCAGUGCUUUUAGAUAAUUUUUAAACGAUGUUAAUCAUCAUCAACAGAAACACGCACAACUUCAUCUAAAUGCUAUGGCAAAUAAAUAUACGACCUAAUUACCAAGUUUUAAUAUAUCUAAUUAGUACACAAGCAAUGUCAACGAUAAUUAAAAAAUAACUUGCAUUCGUCAGUAUGCGCAUACAUAUAAUUAUCUCUGGUUAAGGAAGCUCGUGCAUGACAAAAAGCUAAUUUUUUAAUAGUAGCAUCUUGAAAUUUGAAGCCUGCUAGAAAUAAAUUUCAUUUGCAUUUUCUGGUAUUCAUACAACAUAAAAUUAAAAAAAGAUUCCGGAUAAUGACGAUAAUUGAUAAUGUUUAUGUUAUGGAUUAAAUGAUAUUCAUAUUUACAAGACAUUUAGGUACCUACACAUUUGCUAGUAGCGUUUAGUCAAUUAUUGUUAUACAGGGCGUCCUCAGAUAAAACUGACACAUUUGGCAAGUAAAUAUCUCGAAAACAAGAAAAGAUAACGAGACGCGGUUUGUUCUGGGAGAAUAAAAAAAAUUUAAAGUUUUUUUUUUACAGUAUUGCCAAGUCCUAAAAUUUGCUAGAAUUUGGUUUUACAGCCAUGCGAUUUUUUGAAAUAAAAUUACUGCCUUAUUUUCAAUGAAACAACCUAUACAGGGUGUCCACUUAGUGCGAUAUCGGACUAUAUCUUUU